UCAGAUAACGGGAUUUUUUUAUUUUAAAAAUUUUUCGGAGUACCGUAUUAUUCAUCCCCCUACUAUGGGGGUACUACGCCCCCUUUUUAUAGCUUAAAAUGGAUUUUGCUCACACGUGAUUGGGGGCUCGGGUUGACUAGUAUAAAUAUAAAAGCGAUACACCACGUUUUUCAGAUCGUGCCUGAGAAAAAUUUAAUUUCCAUAUUAGCAACGAUUUUUACUACUUUCAAGUCAUUCUUAUUAAUUUUUUUUAUCUAUAAAUACUUAUGGAAAAUUGUCCACGAAAUCAUUUCCCUCAAACAUACAUUAGGUGCUGGUGAUGUGGAAGAAAGUCGUGGCAAGUUUUUCAGUGUAGUGUCUUUGUUAUGCAAAAAAGAAGAUGUUCUGGACUCUUUUUGGGAUUAUCCUGGGAUGUUUCCUUGGAGGAUUUUUGAGAUUGAUAAAGAGAUUGAGGUACUGGAACGAACGAGGUGUACCCUACAUUGAAGCAAAUUUAAACUUUACAAAAAAUCCGGUAACAUCUUUUGUGACUGACUACGUGGAACUUAAGAAAAAAGCAGGAAAGUUUCCUUUUAUUGGAAUCUACGACUAUACAGUACCAAUGGCCAUGGUAACUGAUUUGGAUUUCGCAAAGAAAGUCCUUGUGAAGGAUUUCGCGUAUUUUAGAGAUCGAGUUGAUUAUUCAAAUAUUAAGGAAGAUCCUCUAUCAGGAGGACUUAUUUUUACAAAUGGUGAAGAAUGGAGGAUGUGCAGGAGGAAAAUUAAUAAAAUUUUCACGUCAAACAAUGUUAAAAUAUUCCACACCCCAAUGGUGGAUGCUGCAAUGGAAUUCCACAAACAUAUGGCAGAACAUCUGGACGGAGAUACUGAUGCUAGUGAUCUUAUUCAUCGUCAAACUGUGGAAAUUUGUGGAAGGAUUUUCUUUGGGACGACUUUCUCAUCAAUACAGGAUCAAGAGGAAUUUCGGAGCCUUUUAGGCGAAAUUAAAAAAUUGACGAAUAAUGUCUUGAUGUUUUUCUUUUUUGCAACUUGGUUUCCAACCCUGUGUAGAUUUUUUAAAAUUAAAGUUGCAAAUGCCACACAUGCAAAACUAUACACAAACCACAUGGAAAAAAGUCUGCAACAGGUAGCGGAAAAUGUCUCAGAAGAAAUAACUAUGGCAGGAUUAUUUGUGAAAAAUCAACAAUCGGGAAAUUUAACAUUCAACGAAACAAUUGGAUUCUUUUAUACUUUCUAUGGUGCUCAAUUUGAUUUUAUAAAAAACACUCUAAUCUAUGUAAUGUACGAAUUGGCACUGAAUCAGGAGAUUCAAAAUCGUGCUAGGGAAGUCAUUUCGGAAAAACUUGACAAAUUUGAUGGUGAAUGGAGCUUUGAUGCGUGCUUGGAAAUGAAUUACAUUGAUCAAAUUAUCUAUGAAACCCUCCGGAAGUAUCCUAUUUUGCAUAUCCUGACAAGAAUUUGCAGACAAGACUACGCAGUUGAAGGUACAAGUUUCACCAUUGAAAAAGGAACUCGAAUGGUCAUUCCCGUCUAUAAAAUUCAUCAUGAUCCUGAAAUCUAUCCUGAUCCAGAGAAAUUUAUUCCUGAACGAUUCACAAAGGACGCAAUCGAGGCUCGUCAUUCCUGCGCAUGGCUGCCAUUUGGUGAUGGUCCAAGGGUUUGCAUUGGCAAAAGAUUUGCAAUAAUGCAAAUUCGAAAUCAGCUAAUGAGCUUCAUUUCUACGUACCGCUUUUGUAUUUCACCCAAAAUGAAGGAACCACUUCAAUUUGAAAAAUUUGGAUUACAUCUGCCAACAAAUACUAUGUGGCUUACGUUUGAAAGGAUAUAAUGAAUUUUGAAUUAAAGGGCGAAGGUUAUGUUAUGCAGGUCUAAGGAGGAAAUUAUUAAAAUGAAAAUUUAGCGUUAAUAUUUUUUCUGAAAGGGUAUAUUUCUGGUAGAAACUCGCAAGUUUUCAAUAAAACACUUCGACGUGUCCGAAGUUAUGAACCAUAUUCCUAUCUUUUAACACAGGAGUAUGUUUCAUAAUCUUCGGGAGCGUCGACUUGCAUAACCCUUUUUGAUUAUCUCUUAAAAUAAAUUAAUCAAUACUUUGCGAAAUAUAUGAUAUGAAUAUACAAAAAAAAA